AUGGAUCCACAGAACCUGCAUGGACGAUUGUACUAUUUAACGCUGAAAGCAGCAGAUGGGCAUAAACUUCCUCAAAAUCCAUUUUUGAUUGGAAGAUCCGUCGAACAGAAAGCGGGAGGAAAAAUUGAUGGCGCGUUCUUCGAGAAGAAACACGAAUGGUACGUUCUAAAGUGUAGAAGUAAAGAGAAAGUCAAAGAACUGGCAAAGCUAACUUGUUUGACCGAUGGUACACCUAUUGUUAUCGGACGUCAUCCAAGUCUUAAUAUACGAAAGUGUGUCGUUACUUGCCACGAAGCCGAAGGGAUGGGAGAAAAAGAGUUGUUGGAUGAAUUGUCUCCACAAAAAGUUAUACACGUGCAAAGAAUAACCAAGAAAACCCCCGCUGGUAUUAUUGGUACAUCCACGCUGAUACUUACUAUCAGCAGUACCGUAAUACCGGAGCUCAUCCACUUUGGAUUUCUUCGAGUGCGAACUCGACUUUAUUACCCGCUGCCCCUACUGUGUAGGAAUUGUUUAAGAUAUGGACAUACGAAGAAAAAAUGCACCAGCCCCCUUUCGUGCAGUAAGUGCAACUCAAUAGACCAUAACAGUGAGAACUGCAAAAAUCAUCCGUACUGUGGAAACUGCGAAAUGGAAGGACACUCACCCAUUAAUCGAUCAUGCCCAACCUGGUUAGCAGAAACAGCAGCAAUCAAAAUAAGCACCGAGCAAUACAUCCCGAUUGCAGUCGCCCGAAAAAUGAUCAAACCAACCAACAGCAAACAACCAACAUUCGCCAGCAUAGUGAAAACGACGGACGAGCACCAACCGAAAACAAUAGACAAUACAAAACCUCAAGCACCAGCCGAGCCUAAAACGAACGACGACAAAAAACAACAGCAGCCAACUCAACAGAAGCGGACAAACCAACAAACUGCAAACCUCAAACCAGCAUCUCCCCCUCGGAAAAAGAUUACCCCUCAACCCUCACCAGCGCAAUCGUCGGAUGAGGCAGAUGAUCGCGACAAAACCAAUGGAUCUCCCAGUUCCCGAUCAAGGCAACAAUUGAUUUAA